CCAUCUCAUCCAAGACUUCCCCAUCCUUUCCUCAUUUUGACCCCCGAAGACAUCCUUCACCAUGAGGUCUCUGGUGAUUUCUUCCUUGUGUUUUCUCUCCGGCCUUUCGAGCCUCGUAUCUGGUGCUAGCGUCCCCAGGUAUUUCGAGAGUCAACCGACCACGCGUCGAAAUCUCACCAGCCAGGAGGUCCGGCGGGAGCUCGGCAGCCAGGUCUCCCCGGGCACCUUGAUCUAUGGACCGGGUGAUGCUGAAUUCGCCAACCUUACUUCCCGCUGGACCGACUUUUCCAAGCCAGAUGUCCGAGUUGUCAUCGAACCCGCCGCCGAAUCCGAUGUCUCCACAAUCGUCAAAUACUGUAACCACAACAGUAUCGACUUCCUAGCCAUCGGUGGUGGCCACGGCCUGGCCUACAGUCUCAAAAAGUUCAGUGGCCUCCAGAUCAGUAUGCGGCAGUUGAACAACAUCACCAUCCAAGGGAGCGGCAAGUCGGCCUGGUUCGGAGGUGGCACCGUCGUCGGUCCCGUCAUCCAGUACCUCUACGAUCGAGGCUAUGUCACGACCACCGGCGGCUGCGAGUGCGUCGGCAUGCUGGGCGCCGGUCUGGGGGGUGGCCACGGUCGGUACGAAGGUCUUUACGGCUUGAUCAGUGACAACAUCCUGCAGCUCCGCGUCGUCUUGGCCGACGGCUCGGCCAUCGUGGUCAGCAAAUCGAGCCACAGCGACCUCUUCUGGGCCAUGCGAGGGGCCGGGCACAACUUUGGCAUCGUCACGAGCUACGAGAUGAACAUCUUCCCCGUCGGACCGAAAACCUGGCACUGGCACAACUACAUCUGGCGCGGCGAGCAGCUGGAGACCGUCUUCGGGGCCCUCAACGCCUUCCACAACAACGGCUCCACCCCGGUCAACAUGGCCUUUGAAGCCGGAAACUUCCUCAUGGACACCAGCAUCACCAGCGAGGAGCCCGUGCUCUACUGGACCUUUGCCUACCGCGGACCCGCCGACGAGGCGGAGAAGCUCCUCGCCCCCUUCAACGCCAUCGACGCCGUCUCGAGCACCAUGGGCGACGUGCCCUACUCGCAGAUCGCCACGGCGCAGGGGACCAGCUGGGACUCGGCCAUCUGCCAGCACGGCCUUGUGCACGUCACGUCGUCGGUAUUUCUGCAGGUCUUCAACGUGACGACCGAGCGCCAGAUCUUUGAAGGCUUCAAGCGGCGCGCCCAGUCCAGCCCGGCGCUCGCGGCCGGAUCCAGCAUCAUGCACGAGGGAUACUCGACCGAGGCCGUGGACAAGAUCGACCCGGCGAGCUCGGCCUAUCCGUUCCGCGGCGACCACCACCUGACCUUGUUCAACGCCGUGGCGCCGAGCCCCGACUACGAGGCCGCGGCUCGCGCCUGGGCCGCCGAGGUGCGCGAUCAGUGGAUCGCGGGGCAGCCCGGUCGAAAGCUCGAUGCCUACGUCAACUACGCCAACGGGAUGGAGACGGUGCCGGACUGGUAUGGCCACGAGAGCUGGCGCAUCGAGAGGCUGAAGAGCCUCAAAGCCAAGUACGACCCUUACAACCGCUUCCGCUACUACAAUCCCAUCAUCGCCGCAUAAUCACGGGGGGAGGGCAGCAGAAUCGGGGGGAAUUGCUUAGUAUAUGAUCUUCCCUCUCUUUUCAUGUUCAUAGCUUUUUUGCGAAAAAGAGGUUCUCAAAGGGUGUUUGGGGUUCCUUUCACAGAGCCCUCGACAAAGUUUUACCAUCAUAACUUAGUUCUAUAACACUUCGUUUCUAGAUUAUUGUUUCCGUCAACUGCUUUUAAUAGUUAACUGCUGUAGAUAGCAUCUUUUCCUUAGUACUAGUAAAGACGUAUGCCGUUCUUAUAUCAUCAUCCCGCCAGAGAUUCAGUCAGGAAGGUGCAUCAGAUAAGCCGCUCCUGCAAGACAUCGUGAAGUUUAUAUAGA